AAAAUUAUAACUAUUAGUUCUACUACUAGUACGUUCUUUUCUUUUCCCUCAUUCGAUGCACUAUAUAUGUAGGUGGCUUUACAUGUGAAGACUUGCCUAUGGAUUUUUGCACAUUUUCUGUUUCUGCUUCGGGAAACCGAUGCUGGUUAGAGAAUAACCUCAAAGAUGGUAUCAUGGAAUACCAAUGUAUAUCAUCUGAGACGGUUGUUGAAGACAACAAGCUUCAUGGAUAUAUUGAGAAUGAGGAAUGCGUUAGUGCAUGUGGAGUCGAUAGGCUCACUAUUGGUAUCUCAUCAGAUUUCAUCUUCAUGUCUGACUUUACUACCAAACUUUGCUCUACUGAUUGUUACAACACAUGUUUCAACAUUGUUGAUCUCUACACUAAUUCGGCUUUGACCGAAGGUAUAUAUUUGUCGGAUGUAUGUGAGCCAAAGACUUCUGAGCCAGAGAAGUCCGAGCUGUCCGAGCCAAAAACUUCUGAGCCAAAGAAUUCCGAACCAAGGAAAUUUGAGCCAAAGACUUCCGUGCCAAAAAAUUCUAAGCCAAAUACUUCCGAGCCAAAGAAGUCCGAGCCAAAUUGAUGCGGGAGAUGCGAGAAAAUUAUUAUUUAAUAUUAUUUAUGUUCACAAGUCAAUUGUAUUUUUAUGUUUUAGGUCCUAGUAGUUUAUUGGGCUAUUAGUAUUUUAAUUUGGGAAGCAAUGUUAUUUUUGUAAUAAGAGAAUUAGGGUUUCCUAACCAAUUAGAACUAGAGUUUAGCAAUCCUUUAUAAGCAACCUAUUGUACUUCUUGAGGAGGUAGUUGAUAUUAUGAUGAAUGAAAAAAUGGCUGUUUGGUC